AGAGAGUGAGGAGAGGGAGGCAGCCGGGGUGUGAGGGAGAGAGUCACAGCCUCCAAAACCACUGUCACAGGGUCGGCAGUGUGUGCGCUGUGGAAGAACCGAUUUUUAUUUUUUUGUAGCCUACAUGUCCAUUCUCGGGCAUUCUUUUGUUGUCAAGUUUUAAAUCCGGAUUCAAGUAUGUCCAUGUCUGCAACAGUGUCUCCGUCUAUUUCUUUUGGAUCUUUGUUCGUUUUUGUAGGAUUCAUCAUCAUCUCGGGGAAAAUCGACGUGUGCCUCUCACACCUCAUCUGAAGCCUGUUGGGUCUGAAUGCACAGCAGAUCGGGUGGAGGUGAAAUGCUACAGGAAGACUAUGAUGCGCACCCCGUCCGUCACUGGCCGCUGUUUUUGGCUCCGUGAGCUCGGCUGUCUGUUCUGCUGUGCCUUUACGCGCUGAGAGGAGCAGAGGGGAGGAGAGGAGAGGAGAGGAGAGGAGAGGCUUCCCCCGUCAGCUGAAUCACGCUUCACCACUGAGUUGAUUGACUGAUCUGAGAAGAAGAAGGAGGGACGCGGGAGGGAAAGUGGUAGACCAUCCAAAAAAAAGCAGUAUCUAGAGCGGCUGACUGACUGAGCUUCAGAGGGAGACGAAGGGAGUCACUGGACCUUUUGGAUAUUUGUGCGAGGGGGUCGGGGGGGGCGGUGGUGAGAGAAAAAUGCUGCCUUCCCAGGAAGCAUCCAAAAUCUACCAUGACACCUACAUGCGCAACUCCCGGGCCAUCGGGGUCCUGUGGGCGAUCUUCACUAUCUGUUUGGCCAUCAUCAACGUGGUGGUCUUCACCCAGCCCUACUGGAUCGGCGACAGCAUCAGCACCCCUCACGCCGGCUACUUCGGCUUGUUCCACUACUGCGUGGGCAACGGGAACUCCAACAGGGAGCUCUUGUGCCAGGGCACCUUCUCUGAAUUCAGCUCCAUCCCGUCGGGAGCUUUCAAGGCGGCCUCCUUCUUCGUGCUGAUGUCCACGGUGCUCAUCAUCAGCUGCAUCGGCUGCUUCGCCCUCUUCUUCUUCUGCAACACCGCCACGGUCUAUAAGACGUGCGCCUGGAUGCAGCUGCUAUGCGCCGUGUGUCUGGUGCUCGGCUGUAUUAUCUUCCCAAACGGCUGGGACACAGAGAUCAUCCGGGACAUGUGCGGAGAGGACACAGGGAGGUACACCCUGGGUAACUGCUCCGUGCGCUGGGCUUACAUAUUGGCUAUCAUCGGCAUCCUGAACAGCCUCAUCCUCUCCUUCCUGGCCUUUGUGCUCGGCAACCGGCAGAGCGACUUCCUGCAAGAGGAGCUGAAGGCCGACCACAAAGAUUUCGUCGUGUCACGGCUCCAUCUUGGCUCUACUCUCCGAAUGGAUGGAAUUGAGAUCCGCGACUCAAAGGAUCCAAGAUAUGCGGUCCAUCGUUUCCACUGAGAACAGAACUUCCUCUCCUCCUCUUUAAGUCCCUCCCCCUCCUCCCCCAAUCCCUCCUCGUUCUCCUCCUCUUCCUCCUCUGAGUUCUUCAGGUUUAACCCUGAUCUGGACUUGGAUGUGGUCUUGGAGGCCAAAACAAAGGACCGUCAGCUUGACCAAACUCUGGGAUCAAAACAAAAAGUACAGAGAUAUUGUUUAAAAAAAGAUGAUAUAUCAAAGAUUAUAAGGUGAUUUAUUGUGAUCAAAUGCUUGCAGCUGGAGUAUUCUAUGAAAAUAUACAUAUUUUUACUGAGUGGAUUAUUUCCACCUUUAAAAGUGACAAUUUAAGUGCGUAUAAAAAAGCACACAGGUGCUACUUCUAUAAAAAUAUAUGUAAUGAAAAGAUGCACACAGGUUAAAAAAAAGAUGAUUUUGUACAGCCACAGUGUAAUUUUUACAUCUUUUUCAAGUCAAUUUUCAACUUCUCUUUGUACAAGACGACUUCUGAUCCGCUCAGAUACAAAAAUAAAUCACUUGACAUGUUUCUAUGGAAACAGGGAAAAAAGGAGAAGAAGAAAAAAAAAAACACGUCCAAGCAUCUUCUCCCUGAACAUGACACAACAUCCAUGUGAGCUGUGGAGUAGUGCAACCUGUUUCAUUGUCAAAUCAUGAUUUCAU